UAAAUACAAUAUAUAAUAUAUAUAUUUAUUAUUUAUCUGUGGAUGUUACAUUUCUUUACUUUUCCGAUAUUACCAUUAAGGCACGUACCGACUAGUACCGUACUACCGUAAAAAUGUAAAAUGUUUGUUGUUUAUAAUACAACGUUUAGAGUAAAACAAUAAUUUUUUAUGUUUAACAUAUUGUUACAUAAUAAUUCAAGUCAAAUAAUAUGUUGUUGUGUUUGGAUUAAUUGAUUUUAAUUGCUCAUUGUAAACAAUAAACAAUAACCACAGAUUUGAGAUUUUUCUUUGAUGUCUGUUGUAGUUGUUACGUUUAAAUGUCGCAUAGUCGUGGGUUAUGAUGUGUGUAAAUGUAAAGUUAAAUCGUGAAAACUAUUGUGCUUACAUAUUUUCCGACCAGAAGUAAAUUUGACUUGCGAAAUUAUUGGAAAUGAUCCGUUAAUAAUUGUUAUUAAAGAAGUUUUGAAGAUCAAUUUUAUGUAAGUUCUCUAAAAUCAGCUACAUAAGAAAAUCCUUCCAUUGAAGUGACUAGAAGAGCAUGUGUUCUCAUAAAAUUUGAUCUUGAGUGCAGUGAUUAAAUUAAAACAUACAUAAAUUAAUUUAUAUUCGAAAACAAAUUUUGUUUUUUAUCGAGUGGUUAUUUUACAACUUUGCUAUUUCAAUGCAUUAUCAAAAUUUUAAUGAUUUUGAUAUUGAGUCAAGUUUUCAAGAAGAUGAGAAUGUUGUCAUUGAUAAACCUUUUAUUCCUGCGAAACCUCCAAAAGCAGCAUCUCCGCCACCAGUACGUUCAACGUUUAAGGCACCCACAGGUCUUUCUAGAGAAGAACAAUUGUUGUCCACAGUUGUUCACUUGGAUAACGGUACAACUGGGUAUUUAAUAACUUUAAAUAAAACAACAGGAUCAUGGUCAUGUCACGCUUGUUAUCCAUUCAAAGUUCCAUCUUUAUCAUUGCUCGAAGAGCAUUUAACCAACAAAAUGCAUUUAUUAGAAAUGGGAAAAUCUUGUUUUCCGGCAAAAAACUUUAUCAGAGCAUGUUCAGAAACAGGAAUAACUGUUGGUAUGCCAUCAAUGGUAUCGGGUGAACCAAUACCGCCAGGAAUGGAAGAUGAAAUAGAUAAUGUGUUGGCCCGUAUUCAAGCUACAUUGGAUUCAAUUUUCAUGCCAUUAAUAGGUAUAGAAUUUAUUCUAGAAUUAUUGCCAUCUGAACCCACUGAAGAACCUAGAUACAUGUGUGCAUUGUGUGAUAAACGAGGUGAUCCACGAACUUUUCCUAAUCACUUACGUAGCUUUAAUCACCACAUGGCAUAUUUGCGAAGAUAUUUUAGAACAUUAGCUAGUGCAUUGGAAAAAUUAAACAAAGUGUCUUCUAAAGGAUUUCAAGAAUUAGUGUUUCAUGUUAUUGGAAAAAUAGAAGAAACAUACGGCCGUAUGAAACCAAUAGUGGUUGAUGCAAGUCUAUUUGAUGUAUCUACUGAAAAAAUAAAAAUCUUAAGACAAGUAAAUAAUGGAAAACAUAUCAUGGAAAAUCCAGAAGAUUUAUGGAUGUUAGAUAUGAUAAAAUCAGAAUUUGUUGAAAACCCUUCACUAUUACAAGAAAAAUUUCCUUUAAAAAAAGUAACUGAGAAAAAUAAACGGGAUGAAGAAGAAAAACAAAAAGCUAUUAAAGCUGAAACGUCAUUUAAUAAAAAUCCAAGAAUUUCUGUUAAUAAAUCUCAAUUACGCCCUAAGAAUGAUAAAGAAGAAAGUGAUUCUGAUAUUGAAUUUGUUGAUAUUAAAACAAAUACUGAAUCUAAACCAAGAAAGCGUGUAUCAAGUAGAGAAUCUAAAGAUAGAAGACGUAGAUCACCACCUAGAAGACAUCGCCGUUCUAGAAGUCCAUAUCGUCGUAAGUCACGUACUCGUUCAAAAACCCCUGUAAUGAUUAGACAGAGAUCUCGUUCACGUUCUCGAUCAAGAUCUCGUUCACCUUACUACAACCGUAACAAUAAAUAUUCUAGUCAUCGAAGGCGUUAUAGAAGUAGAAGCAGAGAUAGAGAUGAAUCAUACAGAAGACAGCUUUCUCCUACAUCAGACGUGCAUUCUAUGCACUCCAUGUCAGGUUAUGUCUCGGGACAUCCACAUCCUAGAAUGUUUUAUGCUGCACCUUAUAUGUCUUUUCCUAGGCCAUUUAUGAGAUUCCCUCCACCUAGUAGACCUAGGUUCUACUCUCCAGAUAUGUAUUCAGCUGAAUAUCAUACACAAAAAGAAAGAAAUACUAGUAAAAGAAAAAGAUUGAUACAAGAAUACGAAAAAGCAGUUGAAGAAAUGAAAAUUGAAAUGGAGAAAAAAUUAAGUUAUCAUGAAAAAAACCCUGAAAAACAUCCAUUAUAUCCAGAUGAAUGGAAAAAGUUUUGGAAUCGACGUUUUAAAGAAUUGCAAAUGGAAGGUAAAGAUCCAAAUACUUAUGAUUUUAAACCUGAGUGGAUCCUUUCAUGGAGUAAGCGCACACAGGAAAUGCAUGAUGAAGAAGUUAAUGAAAAGAUGGAAAAAUUGAAAAAUAAAAUAUUGGGUGAUAUUAAUAUGGAUAAAAGUUCUUCAGAGUCACCUUCCAGAGAUUCUCCUCCCUUAAAAGAUAAAAAAUCGUCAACAGAUUUAAAACACAGUUGGCAUAAUUUUCCAGUAUCUGAAGUAUUAGAAAGGGACCCUGAUGUUGUAGUUAACAAACCGUCUAACGAUAGAAAACCUAAAGUUGCUGGGGCAUCUCCUAUUAAUUCAGAUUCAGAGGAUUCAAUAAGCGAAAUCAAUGACCAUAAUAAACCUAGGGAAAAAAUUAAAAUUGAAAAUCCAUUAAAUGUAAUUACUGUGUUGAGACAACUAAGCGUUUUGGAAAGUCAAUUAGGUUUAUUAGCACCUAAAAUAGUUGAUUUGUUAUCUAAAGGUCUUGUAAUGGAAAAAAUUGAACCUAAAUCAUCAAUUAAGCUGUUGACCCCAGAAAAUUGUGUGAUGUUUGAAACAGUAAAGGAAAAACUCAAAGGACAACUUUUAGCAGGAGUUGUUAAAAGAAGUUUAGUAAAUGCUACCAUGUUCUCUAUUCGCAACAUUGAAAAAUUGAUGCAGUUAGCACCGAAAUUUAUACCUACUUCAAGCAUGUUGAAUUCUACACCCACACCCAUACCUAUUCCUAAUCCUAUACUUGCACCUAUACCUACACCUGUACCUACAUCUAUACCUAAAACUGCUCCAAUUGUAGUGCCUGGUGUUGGUGUUAUUGAUAAAAUGGCUAUUGCUCAGCAAAUAACUCAAGCAUUACUAGCACAAGGUAAAGUGGAUGUGUCACAGGACGAUUUAGAAACUCUGAUAAAUGCUGUUGUGGGUAUGGCACAAUCUGGAGAUAAUAUUCAAGGGGCUAAGAACUUAUUAGCAAACAUCAAUAACAGCGGAGCUGUGUUGAAAACUGCUCGUGAAGAAGUUGAUAAGAAGGAAGAAGUCGAUAAGAUGAAUUUAGACCAAUUAUCACAGGGAGAUAUAAUAAACUUAUUGAAAAAUUUCAGAGAUUUGAACACUGAUGAACAGGAUGGACUUAUAACUUAUUUAAAAAAGUUAGGAGAAAAAAAACCAGAAGAAGUGAAAAAAUUGAGAAAGUACAUUGAUAUGGGACCAUCUAACUUAAAAGAAGUUACUUCUAUGUUUAAAGAUGAAGAAGAUGAUGAUAAUUACGAACUAUCAGAAGUUUGUUUGGCUGUCAAGGAAAAAGUUGGUGAAAAUAAAGAUGAAGAUGUGAAAAACAUGACUGUUAAUUUUGAGAUCACUGAAGAGCAACAGAAACUUUUAAGUAGUUUAAAACAAUUUUUACCAGAAAUAAAGUCUGAUUAUGGUUUGGUACCUACCAACACUCAAAAACAAACCACUUCUGAUGAAUCAUUUUAUAAAAAUUCUAACAAUGAACCUCAUACCACUUCAUAUUCUUUAGAUCCAUAUUCAGCUAAUAAAAAUGAUACUAAUUAUUCGCCACAGCCAUCAACAUCCACUACAUUUUUAACAGACCAACCUGAUAAAUACAAUAUUCCUCAAGAAAAGUCUAAUAAAUAUAACAAAUCACAAGAACAGCCUAAUAAAUACAACAGACCAUUAGAUCAGCAUAAUAAAUACAGUCAUCCACAAGAUCAGCUUAAAAAAUACAAUAAAAAGCAAGAGCAGCCCAAUAAAUACAAUAUACCCCAUGAACAACCUAAUACAUAUAAUGCAUCACAAGAGCCACCCAAUAAAUACAAUGUAUCUCAAGAUCCGACUAAUAAAUAUUUGUCUCAAGACCCAUCUAAUAAGUACAUUGCAUCUCAAGAGCCACAAAAUAAAUAUAAUAUACCUCAAGAGGAACAUAAUGAAUAUCAUACGUCUGAAGAGCAAUCUAAUGAAUAUAAUAUAUCUCCAGAGCAACCUGAUCCGUAUUCAGCUCACCAAGUAGAUGAUUACAAUGAUCCUUACUCACAAAAUCGGAGUAAUAAUUAUUAUCAAGGGCAACAACAGGAUUCUUAUAAUAAAUAUCAUCAAAAUUCUUCCAGUUAUUAUAAAGGUAAAAAUACUUAUAAAACUAAUAAUUCUUAUUCUGAUAACUACCAAGGAACGUCUAGAGAAAAUAAUAGGAACAAUCGAUUUAAUCGUGGUCAAAAUAAUCGAUAUCAAGGUAGACGGUAAAAUGAAUGUAAUUUGAUUUUAUAUUAUUUAAUUAAACUGAUAGUUUUAUAAUCAUAUUAAGGUUUUAUGUAUUUACUAAAAAUUAAAUCACAUUUUAUGUAUUACAUAUAAGUAUUUUAAUAUUUUAUUGUAUAUAAACCAAUAAUUUUCUGACCAUGAUUUUUCUUGGUUAUAUAACAUUUUAUUCUAAUAAAAUGUUUUAUUAUUGUAUUUUUUUUACAUAUAUAUAUAUAUAACUAGUAUCAAAACUGAAAAUAUAACAUGAGAAAUAUAAGUAAAACACUUUUCUCAUGUUUUUGAUGAUAUUUGGAUAUUAUAUAUAUUAUACAACAAAUUAAAAUGCAUAUUAAGUAUAUGACUAUAUUUUUUAAGUAUUAAUGCAACUUGCUAAAAUUAUUAUAUUAUACCAUAUUGAUACCUACAUACUUUUUAAGUAUAUCUGCAUAUGAUUAUUUUACAUUUUUACAUAUAACUCAUAAGCAAUUGUAUUACUGCUAUAAACUAUUACUGUUUACAAAAGUUUUAAUUGAAUACAUGUGAUUAUCUACUAAUUUUAUUAUUUUAAUUUUAUUGUUGAUAAUAUUGUGUACA